CGUGUGUCUGGGGUGAAGGAUCAACGUAGACACUACCAAGACCAUGUUUCCCUGAACCCUUUGUCUAACCCAUGUCCCUCGUCUGUCUCCCUGUGUCCUCCUCCCCCUCCCAGCUUCCCUAACUUUGACCUGGAGGAGUCAGGUCAGUGUCAGGGGGACUGGCUGCUCCUAGGACCCACCUGGAGAGAGGAGUACCGGGUGUGUGGCUCCCUCCUCCCACCUCCCUUCAUCUCCUCCAGGGGAAGAGUCUGGCUCUACUUCCACUCACAGGCCAACAGCUCAGGACUGGCUCAGGGGUUCAGACUGUCAUAUAUCAGAGGUCCCCUGGGCCAGUCCAGCUGUCAGAGGGAUGAGUUCCUGUGUGGUAACGGUAAAUGUCUUCCCCGGACGUGGCGCUGUAACGGCCUGGAUGAGUGUGACGCUACCGACGAACGGAGCUGUGCCCCCCCUCCGACCCCUCCCCGCACCUCCCUCUGCCCCCGGCACCGCCCCUGUACCCAGGCCCAGUCCACUCGUUGCCUGCCCCCUUCGCUGCGCUGCAACGGAGCCCGGGACUGCCCCGAUGGCUCGGACGAGGCAGGGUGCCCCGACACGGCCUGCGGGAAACGCCUGGGGAACUUCUACGGAACAUUCGCCUCCCCGGACUUCUUCCGUCCCAACCGCAGUGCUGUGGGGGAGCUGAGGUGCUCCUGGCUACUGGACACUCAGGACCCUAAACCCAUUGUAUUGCAGCUGGACCUGGGGUUAGGGCCAGGGGACUCCCUCCAUGUCUAUGAUGGGCUGGUCCAGAGAGCAGAGCGCCUCCUGCAGGCCCUAUCGCAUCAUAACAACAGGAGACCAGCCCUGUUAGAAUCCAGUAGAGGACAGAUGAGUCUACAGUACUUGGCCCAACCACUCAGCCCUGGGCAUGGGUUCAACGCUACAUACCAGGUGAAAGGUUACUGUUUCCCUGGGGAACACCCGUGCGGAUUGGACCAGGGCUGUUACUCUGAACGCCAGCGCUGUGACGGGUACUGGCACUGCCCUACGGGGCGCGACGAGGAGGAGUGUCCAGUUUGCCAGGAGGGGGAGUACCCCUGUGAGGGGGGCAGUGGGGCCUGCUACCCUGCCUCUGAAAGAUGUAACAACCAGAAGAAGUGUCCAGACGGUUCUGAUGAGAAGAACUGUUUUGACUGUCAGCCGGGGAACUUCCACUGUGACACCAACCUGUGUAUCUUCGAGACGUGGCACUGUGAUGGCCAGGAGGACUGCCUGGAUGGUAGUGACGAGAGAGACUGUUUGGGAGCUGUACCCAGGAAGGUGAUCACUGCUGCCCUGAUUGGUUCUCUGGUCUGUGGCCUCCUCCUUGUCAUCGCUCUGGGCUGUGCCUUCAAACUCUACUCCCUCCGGACAAGAGAGUACAGGUAGGAGGAUUUCAU